GGGGCGUGUCAGCUGUCAUUGGUCACAUGACCCGGAAAAUGUGGGGCUUAAUUCCCGUGUUGGACUGCUCCCAGCUGCUAAGCCUCUGCCCUUCGCAGUGCAAACCCUCCAUCUGCCCCAUCAGGACCCCCAGGCCCCGGGGUGACGCUCCUCAUCACACCAUGUCAGCAGACCAAGCUUUUGUGACGUUGGCCACCAACGACAGCUACGCCAAGGGAGCGAUGGUUCUCGGCCAGUCGUUACGGAACCACAACUCAACCAAGAAAUUGGUCGCACUCUUGGGACCUCAUGUUGCAGAACCUUGCAGAGAUGCACUUCGCUCCAUUUUUGAUGAGGUGCGUGUGGUGGACGUCAUGGACUCAGGUGAUGCGGCUCAUCUGUCCCUGAUGAAGCGUCCGGAUCUGGGGGUAACGUUCACCAAACUGCACUGCUGGACUCUCACACACUACAGCAAGUGUGUGUUCAUGGAUGCAGACACAUUGGUGCUGUCCAAUAUAGAUGAACUCUUUGAACGAGAGGAACUAUCUGCAGCGCCGGAUCCUGGUUGGCCAGACUGUUUCAACUCUGGGGUGUUUGUCUUCAGGCCGUCCAAUGAGACGCACGAGAAGCUGCUCACGUUCUGCAGUGAAAACGGCAGCUUCGAUGGUGGAGAUCAGGGAGUUCUCAACAGUUUCUUUAACACCUGGGCAACAGCAGAUAUUUCCAAGCACCUUCCCUUCAUCUACAACCUCAGCAGUAUCGCCAUCUACUCCUACCUGCCGGCUUUUAAAAAGUACGGCCAGGAUGCCAAGGUGGUGCACUUCCUGGGUAAGGUGAAGCCAUGGAGCUACUCCUACGACGCUGAGCGAGACGAGGUGAAAGAUCACGCCAUGUCCCCUGACCAGUGCCAUCUGCAUCCCGACUACCUCCUCAUGUGGUGGCAGCUCUAUGCCAAAUCUGUGCUGCCUUUACUGCAGCAGGCCUACGGGGACACUCCAUUCAACAGCGGCUUCACAGAGCCAAUUGAGGAUGGUAAGCUUCACGAGGAUGUUAAAGAGCACCCGGCACCUAUCGCUCCUCCUCCCCAGAAGGCAUCAUCACAGGAGAGGAAGCAGCGCUGGGAAGCGGGCCAGAUCGACUACAUGGGUGAAGACUCCUUUGCCAACAUUGAGCGAAAGCUUAACUCCUUCUUAAAGUAGCGCACAGGCCAGGUAGCGUGACAGACAGAGAAAGCACCAAUCAAAGCUCUGUGUGGGUGGCGAUGUUAAUCACUUCUCAGCCAAUCACAGGGGCUUGAUUAGCAGGUGACUGGAUGCAUCUGUGCAACGUUUAGCCUCACUCUCUGCAUCCUGUCAGUGUGUGUGAAUGACAGGGAGUAGAAGUUUGACACAAUUCCCAUUAUCUUUUACCGUUCAUUUUGUGACCUAAAAGGGAAAGUUUGACCUUUCAGGAAAUACCCUUAUUCGCUUUCAUGCUGAGUUAGACAAGAAGAUUGAUGGCAAUCACUACAUGUUUGUAUCCGUGAUAAUAAAAGCUACCACAAACAGCUGGUUAACGCUUAGCGUAAAGACAGCACUGUGUGCGAUAGAGACUCCAGUUUUUCUAUUGCUACCGGACUAUAUCUUGGCCAAAACCAGUAAUUUCCUCAAGUCUCGGUUAGUUGCGGCUGCUUAGAGAUACUUUAGCAUAUAAUCUCUCAUAAAACUACAAAUUGUUCUUCUUUUUGUACGGAUUAAACAAAUGAGAUGCAUGUUAAUUAGCGAGCUUUAGAAGUGCUGGUAGGUGGUUCUGGUUGUUCGGACAGAGGCAGGCUAGUUGUUCACCUUUUUUCGGUCUGAAUGCUAGACUUUGGCUUCACUGUACCGACAUGAGUGGUAUAAUCUUCUUAUUUAAUUCUCUGGAAGAAAGUGAAUAAGCCUACUUCCCAAAAUGUCCGGUUAUUCCUUUUAAGUGUUCUUGUGCACCUGAUGGAGAUGGAAUAACAGUCCUGAGUCUUCUUAACCUGUGGAAACUUUCAGCAACAGAAACUGAGAAAGUGACCAUGGGCAAAUCCCAUGGUUAAAGGGAAAUCAAUACGUUUAAAUGUUGUUUCUGGAAUUUACCACAACUCCUUUCCUGCAAUAAGUCUCUCUCUCUCUCUCUAUUUACACCACUUAGAAGCAGAUAUGCAGCAACUGGCUCACUUCACUCUUACUGAUCUCCUUUCCAGCCAGUUAUUAUUAUCUUGCUUUAAUCAGACAGUGUUGACCUCACUAGAAUACAUACAUGCAUAUAAAGUUCCUUAUAUGUGCCUCUUACACUCACCAGCAACGUGUGACCGACUGUGAUCACCUUUGUAAUGUCUGGUUGUUGUUUUAGGAAAAAACGGUCUGUUUGCAUGGCACAGAGUGAAAAAAUGGCUGAGUAAUGUACUUCCUCCCGCAUUCUAAAGGGACGUUAAGUCAGUUUUUUUAUGUAUUUGUGUUGGAUUAAAGAAUAGUGCGCUCCCCAGACAUCUGUCAUCUGCAUGUUAUGUCCCUGCCAGGCCUGCAUCAGUUUAUCUUCGUGCCAUGACCUGUUUUAUCACUUCCUGUCUGCAGUGUAACCAGCUGCCUUAUUACUGUUAACUGUUUACAAAACCUCACUUACUGGAACUGCUGCUAGUAGCACAACCAAUUUAACUCUGAUGAGUCCCUCCUUUACUGUUACCAAUACUUCCUUUACUUCACUCCAGCUGUGUGAACUAUAGCUCCUGACAAUAAUAAUACUCUCCUCACUUAACACUCCCCCACCAAGAAGCUGGCAAGGUCAAGAGAAAAGUCCUUAUGUAAUUUUUGUCCAAUUUUGUCAACCUGCUAAAUCCCAAAUAUGCAUGACCGUGGAAGUAGAACAUUAUUGUAAAUGCCGUCCAGUCCUGUUCCCCAGCUGUUAACUGUACAUCCCUGUAGAAGCGCUAAUAAAGAACUGGUGAAAUAAAUCACCCUUUAUCCAA